AAUCGUCCAAAUCAACAAAUAAAACAGAAAAAAAGUUACCAACCAGCAGAGAAAUCCUUACAUAAAUAUGUAGAUAAGAUUAAUGUUGAUAAAUAUGUUGGGCCUAAAAUGUCAACCUCUGCUGUUAAUUCUUUGGCUGUGGCUGGCAGAAAAAUGGACACUGACAGGUUCCGUGGUAAAGACAAAGCAGACAGAGCUACAGCAGAACAAGUUAUGGAUCCUAAAACUAGAAUGAUAUUGUUUAAGUUGUUAAGUCGUGGGGUGAUAUCAGAGAUAAAUGGUUGUAUUAGUACUGGGAAAGAGGCCAAUGUUUAUCAUGGUACUAGUAAUCUACAUCCUGAUAGAGCUGUUAAGGUGUAUAAAACUUCCAUCUUGGUUUUCAAAGAUAGAGAUCGUUACGUUUCUGGAGAAUUCAGAUUUCGUCAUGGUUACUGCAAACAUAAUCCACGUAAAAUGGUAAGGACCUGGGCAGAGAAAGAAAUGAGGAAUUUAAUCAGAAUUCAUCAAUCUGGUAUACUUUGUCCACAACCUAUUUUACUACGCAGUCAUGUUUUAGUGAUGGAAUUUAUAGGCCAGGAUGGAUGGCCAGCCCCAUUACUGAAAGAUGCUGAUAUAAGUGAGUCGAAGGCAAGAGAACUAUAUUUAGAUAUUCUUCACAUGAUGAGAACGUUAUAUCAUGAAUGUCGUCUGAUACAUGCUGAUCUAAGUGAAUUUAAUUUAUUAUACCAUCAAGGUUCUGUAUAUGUAAUAGAUGUAUCUCAGGCAGUUGAACAUGAUCACCCUCAUGCUCUAGAAUUUCUACGUAAAGAUUGUACCAAUAUUACUGAAUAUUUUAAGAAGUUAGGUGUUUGUACAAUGACAGUGAAAGAGUUAUUUGAUUUUAUAACUGAUGUAUCUAUAAAUAAUGAUAAUAUUGACCAAUACCUUGAUAAAGCCAUGGAGAUAUCAGCUAAUCGUAGUGUAGCUGAGAGAACAGAACAGGAGAAAAUAGAUGAAGAGGUAUUCAAAAAUUCAUUCAUACCUCGAACGUUAGAAGAUGUCAUCCAUUUUGAAAGGGAUUAUCAUAAAACAUUGGUGGGAGAAACUGAUAAUAUUCUCUAUAAUAAACUCACUGGUCUGGAUAUUGACCAUAAACAGGUGAGACAAUAUUUCUACUUAUUUUAG